CCGGCGAACAGGACCCGUAACCGCUCGUGACAAUACAGGGGCCUUACGCAUUCGGGACACUUGGGACCCAAACUAAGCAUGCGACCGGACACAAGGAAGUGGCUGGGCAACCCGCGAUUGCCCCCCCCCUUUCUUUACCCUGUCGAGAGCUUCAAUAUUCGGCUUACCUACACGCAUUCAUUUUUCAGGACCCAUAUUGUCAUUAAUCGGGACCUAAAGUUUCCCAUCGAUUCGAAAAGCGCUCUCUCUUAGUGGUCGCGACAAAUUUCCAUGUGGCCUUUUGAUACUUAGAAUAGCUCUACCUCCAUACCUUAACGUUUACCCGUGUCUGGUUACAUGGUAAUAAUACAAGCGCAGUCAGUGAACCAACGCAUGUGAGCGGAGAUCAUGAUAGACCAAUCAUGCAUGACUGAUUACAUCAAACUUGAGCUAUAGUACUCGGAGUACAUCAUAGAUGCAGCUUUUGACAUUUCGAGACAUCCAACGCUGUCGGCAGCUUCUACAGGGGGCAGCGUAAUGUGGCAAAGUGCGAAAAUUUCUAAGAUCAUUUCAUUGCAGGGUCAAGGCGAUACUGCUCGCUGAAUGAGAAGAUCCUCGUUACUGGAGUAACUUGAUUGGGUCUCUGCCGUCUUAUUUCUCCUAAAACGCAACUGGGUGAUGCUGUUCCGGAGCAAUGUGCCGAAAAAAUGGAAACGUCAUAAAAUACGACCUGCGAAAGAUGGAUGUAACGGCGACCCCAGCAUGCUGACAGAGCCGAGCCAGAGCCGAGGCCUACCGAUGGUCAUCCAUCCCGCGGACCGGUGCCAAGCCAACGGGCUUUCGGCCAAUGAGGAGCGACAUGUUUCACCAAAUUCUUUUCGCGCACACAAUGGCGGAAAUUUUGAGAUAGUUGACCCGCUCUCGCAAAAACUAAAGCUUUAGCAUCGUUCCGUAUAUCGGUGAUAAUACUUUGCGACGCCAAAAAAAAAAGAAG